UUCAUGUGCAGAAGAGUCUGGCACAGAGAUAGCAGGGCCCAAUCCAAGUUCAAUCCUCAAUUAGAAGUGAACUUAUUCUUAGACACUUGGAACUGAGAGAGGGUCAAGCUAUCUGUGUCCGAGCCUUAUUCCUGGACAGCUACUAAAUAUGUUUCAUAUGGUUAGUAUCAAAGAUAUGACAUGUAUACUUUUUUUGUUUUAACAUUGAUGAUUAUGGGGGAAAAGUAAUAUUUACUACCUUUAUUUAAAAAUGUAUUACUGCAGGCAUCUGGUGAGAGAAUGAAUGCUGAUGACUGCAAUGGGAGCUCAUACGCACAGGGUAAUGGAGGUGAGUCGUCAACGGAACAGGAUUUUUAUGGCGCCCUGCAGGGCCCUCCAGCGAAAUCUCCAACCAGUCAGCAGUCCUCGCCACACCGCUCCCUCAGUGCAAACUCCAUCAAGGUUGAGCUUUGCAGUGACGAUGAGUCACCGGAUGCUCCACAGCCGGAGAACAGAGAGGCUGUGAGGGUUGAUAGCGGUGGAGAUGACAGAGGGGACCCCACGGAGGAAGGGAACGCAGAGUUCGCUGGAGCUGGUAGAGACAGAGCGAAUAUUUACGAGGAGAUGGCCAGUCCCAAUGCUGCUUCACCAGGACCUAUCCGGCUCCCCAAUGGGAAGCUCCAGUGUGAGGUUUGUGGGAUGAUCUGCAUCGGACCCAAUGUGCUGAUGGUGCACAAGCGUAGCCACACAGGCGAGAGGCCGUUCCAGUGUAACCAGUGUGGGGCCUCCUUUACCCAGAAGGGGAACUUACUGCGUCACAUCAAGCUGCAUUCAGGAGAGAAGCCUUUCAAAUGUACCACGUGUAACUAUGCUUGUCGCCGGAGAGAUGCGCUGGCUGGACAUGAGCGCACACACACAGUCUCGUCUCCAACGGUGGGGAAACCCUUCAAGUGCAGCGUCUGUAGCCGCAGCUACAAACAACAAAGCACACUGGAGGAACAUCUAGAGCGCUCCCAUAGUUACGUGAGGAGUCUGGACCACCAGACGUCCAUCAGCACACCGACUGCACAAGGUGAAGAGUCAGUCAAUAUGGAGAUUAUCACUAGACCUGGGCCCCAGCCAUCCAGUGAAAAAAUCCAGUUUGUAGAUAGACUGGCCAUUAGCAUCACCAAACGCAAGAGGUCAACACCACAGAAGUUUUUAGGUGAAAAGCACAUGCACCUUGACAUACCUGAAGCACCUUAUGAAUUGUCCUCUGGCUCCGAGAAAGACGGGGACCUCACGAGCUCUCAGCCUGCCGGGCUGGCUGGUUCACGCCUCCAGGGCGCCAGGGCUAAAGGUGACAACCACGAGUCGCCUACUCUGUCUCAGCUCCAUCCUGCCUUUCUGUCGGAGCUCCGCACGGUGAUGGGCUCCAUCAACAGCAACGUGACUCCUCAGGGCCCCCGAGCCCAUGGCGGAGGUGGACUGGCCGCCAUGUCUCUCGGGCAGCCUGGCCGGGAGGCAGGCGAAGGCCGUGUCGACAAACCCUCAGCGCACAGCCAUACCACCUCACCCAAUGGCUGCCCUGACUCUACAGACACAGAGAGCACAGCAGAGGAGCAGAGCACAAGGGCUACAGCCCCAACAAGUACCUCCAACAACCACCACCUCCACCAUCAAACCCCAGCACUGCCCCGCAGCCAUCCCACUUCCAGCCCCAGCCAGGCCAAAUACUUGGACCCACAGUGGGAGAGAGCAUGUCCUGUGCCCCCACCUGUAGUAAAGAGGAGCGCUGGCUCAACCCUUUCUUCCAGGGAGACUGUGCAGGUGUUAGACAGGGACGGCCGGCCUGUGCGCUCCUUCCACUGCCAGCACUGCCGCAUCCUCUUCCUGGACCAUGUCAUGUUCACCAUCCACAUGGGUUGUCACGGCUUCCGUCAGCCCUUCGAGUGCAACAUCUGCGGCCACCUCAGCCAGGACCGCUACGAGUUCUCGUCUCACAUCAGCCGCGGGGAGCACCAGGUGGGCUGA